UCGCUGAGGAUGGAGCCCGCUCCGGGCCUCGUGGAGCAGCCCAAGUGCUUGGAGGCCGGGAGCCCGGAGCCUGAGGCAGCGCCCUGGCAGGCCCUGCCUGUCCUGUCGGAGAAGCAGUCGGGGGACGUGGAGCUGGUGCUGGCCUACGCCGCGCCCAUCCUGGACAAGCGCCAGACCUCACGCCUCCUGAAGGAGGUGUCGGCCCUGCACCCGCUCCCUGCCCAGCCUCACCUCAAGCGGGUGCGGCCCAGCCGCGAUGCCGGCAGCCCCCACGCCCUGGAGAUGCUGCUGUGCCUGGCCGGGCCAGCCUCGGGCCCGCGCUCGCUGGCUGAGCUCCUGCCACGGCCGGCUGUGGACCCCCGCGGCCUGGGGCAGCCCUUCCUGGUGCCUGUGCCCGCCCGGCCGCCUCUGACCAGGGGCCAGUUCGAGGAGGCCCGGGCCCACUGGCCCACGUCGUUCCACGAGGACAAGCAGGUGACCAGUGCGCUGGCUGGGAGGCUCUUCUCCACGCAGGAGCGCGCCGCCAUGCAGAGCCACAUGGAGCGGGCGGUGCGGGCGGCCCGACGGGCGGCGGCGCGUGGCCUGCGGGCCGUGGGGGCCGUGGUGGUGGACCCGGCCUCGGACCGCGUGCUGGCCACCGGCCACGAUUGCAGCAGCGCAGACAACCCCCUCCUGCACGCCGUCAUGGUGUGCGUGGACCUCGUGGCGCGCGGCCAGGGCCGCGGCACUUACGACUUCAGGCCGUUCCCCGCCUGCUCCUUCGCCCCGGCGGCCGCCCCCCAGGCCGUCCGCGCUGGCGCCGUGCGUAAACUGGACGCAGACGAGGAUGGUCUCCCCUACGUGUGCACCGGCUAUGACCUAUACGUGACCCGCGAGCCCUGCGCCAUGUGCGCCAUGGCCCUGGUGCACUCUCGCAUCCUGCGCGUCUUCUACGGCGCGCCCUCGCCCGACGGCGCCCUGGGCACCCGCUUCCGCAUCCACGCACGGCCAGACCUCAACCACCGCUUCCAGGUGUUCCGCGGGGUGCUGGAGGAGGAGUGCCGCUGGCUGGACCCCGACACAUAGGCGCCGCCCUCCUGCCUCCGGACCCAUCCCGCUCUUGGCCGAGGGCGCCCCUCCUGGACUUCCGGUCCUCGAUUUCUCUCGCAGAAGCGUGUCUGUGGAUUUCAAGGACACACACCGCCUCCAGCGGGGAUCACAGGUGCUGCCUUCCGUGCGGAGCGAGCUUUCCUGGCACUUGUCAUUGGUGCCACCCCUGUGCCUGCGGGGCUCUUCUGCGGAUGCCCUCGCAGCUUUUGUGUUCCCAUGUGUCUCGCGGGCCAGGAAAAAGCUCUGAUGGGAAAAUAAACAGCUUAAAACCAAGUGCGUGUCUGUUGGCAGGCGGCUGCAGGCUUCAGCCUGCGCCGGUCGGUGAAACCAAGAUGUCGGAAAAGGAGAACAACUUCCCGCCGCUGCCCAAGUUCAUCCCCCUGAAGCCCUGCUUCUACCAGAACUUCUCUGACGAGAUCCCGGUGGAGCACCAGGUCCUGGUGAAGAGAAUCUACCGGCUGUGGAUGUUUUACUGCGCCACCCUCGGCGUCAACCUCAUCGCCUGCCUGGCCUGGUGGAUCGGCGGAGGCUCGGGGGCCAACUUCGGCCUGGCCUUCGUGUGGCUGCUCCUGUUCACGCCCUGCGGCUAUGUGUGCUGGUUCCGGCCGGUCUACAAGGCCUUCCGAGCCGACAGCUCCUUUAAUUUCAUGGCGUUUUUCUUCAUCUUUGGAGCCCAGUUUGUCCUGACCGUCAUCCAGGCGAUUGGCUUCUCUGGCUGGGGCGCGUGCGGCUGGCUGUCGGCAGUCGGGUUCUUCCAGGAAAGCCCGGGCGCUGCUGUGGUCAUGCUGCUUCCGGCCAUCAUGUUCUCCGUGUCGGCUGCCCUGAUGGCCAUCGCGAUCAUGAAGGUGCACAGGAUCUACCGAGGGGCCGGUGGAAGCUUCCAGAAGGCACAGACCGAGUGGAGCGCAGGCACUUGGCGGAACCCGCCAUCGAGGGAGGCCCAGUACAACAACUUCUCAGGCAACAGCCUGCCCGAGUACCCCACUGUGCCCAGCUACCCGGGCGGUGGCCAGUGGCCUUAGAGGGAGCCAGCCCUGCUGCCACCCCCACCACCUCCUCCCCUUCAUUCCUGCUGCUACCCCUGGUCCUGAGGGCUGGGAGUACCUGGGGCCCCAUCCCUCCAGCUGGGAUGGUGGAAGCCGGUGGUGGCCAUGGACCACACCCCUCUUGCCAGGGCCACAGAAGCCGUGUUCAUCUCAUCCGAGAGCAGAGUUCCUUGCAAGCACUCCCCAUUGGCCCUCGGCGCUGCCGUCCACGGGACACCCUCUUGCUCCCGGAAAUGUGUGGUCACUGCAUGGCCGGUACGGCCUCGUCUUCAGGUCUCGAGGCCUGACUCCGGGGGACAGGUGGCAGCAGGUCGGCCGCCCUCCCGUCCUCCCAGAGCUGCUGGCGCUGAGGCCAGAGCAGCUCUGAUGGGGAGCUCCAUCUCACACCAGCCGCCCACCGUCACCAGGGCAGACGCCCUUGGCUGGGACUAAGAAGAGGCAUCGGGGCCGGCUCCCGGCCCCCUGCAGUGAUAGAGGGCUUGGUGCCUAGCCGAGUCCUCGCGGUCCCCGCCAUCCCCUGAUCUGUGCGGUUCCAGCUUCGCCCCCUCCCCACAUUCCCCAUAGCUGGGGAGCGCCUGGUCCAGGGUGUCCUGGGGCCACCCUUCCUGCCCCCGAACCAGGGAUCCCUGGCAGGCCCUCUGUCCAUGCCCCCGCAUUCAGGACCCAGGCCAGGCCGGCAGCACAGCCGCUCCCUAACCCCAGCAAACCGGCAGAGGGCUGGUUUCCAGCAGCUGGAGCCCUGCAGGAGCGGCCUUUUGUGUUGUGUGUGUAUGUGUAUGUUUGUUUGUUUUUUUUUUUUUGAGACAGAAUUUCGCUCUGUUGCCCAGGCUGGAGUGCAGUCAUGUGAUCUUGGCUCACUACAACCUCUGCCUCCCGUGUUCAAGCAGUUUUCCUGCCUCAGCCUCCCGAGUAGCUAGGCUUACAGGUGCCUGCCACCAUACCCAGCUAAUUUUUAUAUUUUUAGUAGAGAUGGGGUUUCACCAUGUUGGCCAGGCUGGUCUUGUAUUCCUGACCUCAGGUGAUCCGUCUGCCUUGGCCUCCCAAAGUGCUGGGAUAAUAGGUGUGAGCCACCGCGCCCAGCCUGGAGUGGCCUUUUAUGAGGAGAGGGGACCCGUCAAAUCUGUGCCUUAUGGAGGGGUCCGGCAGCGGCUACAAUUGUCUUGUCCCCUCCACCCCCCGACUCCCCCCGGAACACCUCCCCCAGACGUUUUCACAGCACCGUUCACAGCGGUUGGGCCAAAAAGAGAUUUUUUCUUCUUCAUUUCCUGCACUCGGUGACCACGACUUUGGAUACCCCAGGCUGCCGCCCCUCACCACCCGUUCACCCCCAGAAUGCUGUUGCUGUGGGACGCCUGCUGCCUGGAGCCCUCCCCGGGAUGUGGGCCAGUCCCCUCGCUGGUGCGGAAUGCCGCUGGGUGCCCGGAGGCGGCCGUGGUGUCUCGGUGGACGGCAGCCAGGAUGGAGCACCCAUGGGUCCCGCGCCCAUGCUUCGGGGUCUUCAGGUCCUGCCCGCCGGCCGACCUGCCAAGAGGCACCCCCUUCCUCGGCCUCUCAGCUGCACUGAUGCCGACAGUCUCCCCUGACAGGCCCACCCCACCCCUCCCCCACUGUCUGUGGCCCCCUUGCUGGGGUUUUGUUAUGUGAAAAUAUCCUGGAAAUAAAUACAUGUUUCUGCGCUUAGA